GGGAUAGGAGAGAGUAACAUUUACAUUACUAAAAGAUAUUGCUGGAGCCAUGAGGAUUGGCAACAAAUCUGAUGCAGAAAAUGAGCAGUGAAUGGAAGAGACAAGUGAUGUUUUACAAAGUGUAUCUAAACCAAUCCAUUUGUUGCUUUGCUUAUUCAAUAGACAGCUUUUGGGCCAUGCAGAGACCAGGGAAGCUGAGUGCUGGAUGCUAAGGGUAAGCAGUGCACAAGACAGGAAAUCUUCUGCUGAUGAAGCAUCCCUUCCUGAUGGAGGAGUCAGAUGGGAAAUAUACAAAUGAAUGUGUCCCUAAUUUCAAGCAGCAAAAAGUAAAUGGGAAGAAAACAGGCAUGUUUGUGAGAGUGGGAAAGGUGGAAGAUAUACAUUCAGCAAAGUGUCUCUCAGGAGCAGAGAUCUGAGCUCAGUACAGAAGAUCUAAAUUGCCAGUUUACACACUAAAGUGUUACUUACUCCUGCUAAGACACCGUAAGAAUAGUGUUCUGAAACUUUUGCGUAUUAUGACUGGGUUUCUUUAAAAAUAAUGCUGGUUUUCCGUACAGUCGGUGAAAGUGUUGGCUCCUUCAAUGUCCUUGCAUUGUUAUUAUGCAAAGAUGAAUAAGGAGUUACUUUAUCAGGGAAGUGUGAAGAAAGAGGAAUUUAAGGAGCUUAAAAUCAGGGCUAUCUGCUCACACUCCGUCUAUUGGUAACCUUUUGAUAGAUCAAAGGAGUUUCAGGUCUUAGCAAUGUUAUGCCCACAUGGGGGCUGAUAUCAGAAAUCCUGAUAAUAGUUGUCAUUAGCUAAUUAAUGGACUGGUACUCAGCUGAACUCCAACUUUAGUAUCAACCAGUAGCUCUCAACCAGGGGGACUUUGCCGCUUAAGGACCAUUUGGCUAUGAACUGAGAUGUUUUUGACUGUUACAACUUGUAAACACAAGGUGCUACAGGCAUCUAUGGGUAGAGGUCAGGAAAGCUACACAGGAGCAUUAGGAAAGAAUUAUUCAGCCUCAAAUGUCAGUUAUUUCAAGCUUGAGACACUGAUGUGUAACCUCAUUUGCUCUGCAGUAGCUCACCUACAGACAUUUCUAGCCACAUAGUGAUGGGUUCCCUAGUAUUUUCUUCUUUAUGUUUAAAGGUCACCUUCUCUGGUUAAGGUCAGACCUUAUUUAGAUGACAGGUUCUGCCUGCGACAGGUUCAUUUUCAGCAUAUCUGAGUCUGCAUUGACAAUGACUCUCUGCACCCAGUAACUAUCAUACACAUAAAUAUGUGCUCGGCAUCUUUAACUAGUGAGUUUUGUGGAUAGUUCUAGAGAAAAAAUUUCAUCAGAAGAGAUGAUUUCCUGAGAGAUUUAUGGCUCGAUAGUACAUAGAAUAUACAGUGAUUUUAAAAAGAACUAAAUUCAGCUUGGGGUAUAGUUCAGCGAUAGAGCUUUGCCUAGUAUGCGUGAGACUCUGGAUCCCAUCCUCUGCACUGCAAAAUAAGUAAAAAUAAAAAUAAAAAUUCAGUUUCCUUGUGGGGGUACUGAGGGACUUGGCCUUCACUUUUGCUCUGGACUAUAGGCGUAGAUUUCUUUGAGCAUCUUGUUUUUAGGCCUUUUCUCUUUCAGGGCCAGACUGUAUCUGCUUUUGUGAGAACUUUCUCUGGAAACUCUUCCCCAGCUCACAGGAUUAAAUAAAGUAAUAGCUGCCUCCUUACCUCUCUUCCAGCUCUGGGCUUCGAUUAACCUUUCUCUCCGCAGAGAGCGGUUUUUGGAGUAAUCAGGGAGCUUCUGAAUGGCUCUUACCUGAAUCUCCAGCCCAUUAAUUCUUAUGGUGCCCAGCAUCUGUUGAGAGAAGGCAAGACCAAAUUGCUUCUCAGCCCAGCAGCAUACUUUGGGCAGCUGCUCCUCUCUGGGGCAGAUUAGGCUGGUUUGUGGACAGGCCAGGUCACUUUACCAUGAUUUUUUUUUUCCACUGGCUCUGAUUUUCUGGGUCUUUAAUUAGCCCUGUUGGAGGCAGGGAGGUGGCUGGCUGGACCGUUGCCUGGGCAGGGACUUGGCUUGCUUAACAGGGAUGCUGCGCUUGGACCAGGGCUCCAUUCUGUGGGGAGGAUUUGUGGUUCUGAGGCUAUGGACUCCUUUCUCGUUUGUAUGACUCAGGGUGAGGAAUAUGAGACAGCAUUCCGCAAAUAGCCAGCAAGUUCCCCAAAGCACAGCCAGCCAAAGGCAACGUGUCGAAAAAUAGAUUGCGUUGAAAUCACUACCCCUUUAUUCUUGGUGGGACCAGACUUUGCCUAAGACUUUGGAUGUCUGAAUUUAACCCUUAGCUGAGAACAUUUAUAGUUACUGUUUGUGUCAACCAUGAUCACAUUCUUUGGCUAUACUCUAUGUUUAUUUUAAGAUGAGAACUAUAUAUUAUAUGUGUCUUAUAAAUCUGGUACUUUAAGCUAGCUUUCACUAAAGCAUAUAAUACAUGCUAGAUACAGUUCUAAGAAAGAUUUUUUUAUGUGGGUCUUCUCAUUCAUAUCUUACUGUCCCAUAUGGAGUGUGUUAUUAUCAUCCCCAUUUUACAGUUCAGAACUUGAGGCCUAUGGUUUUGUGCACAGCAGGUGGAAAAUGGAGCAGGAUUUGAAUUUGGCAGUUUAGAUUUCACUGUCAGGAAACUAAUCACAGCCCCACUUUACAGAUGAGACCAGAGAGACUAAGUUUCCUUUUAACAUAGUCAGUGGUAAAGCCUGGCUCCAGCCAGGUUACAAAUGAAACUUGUUUCCCUUACUGCUUGUUGCUAAGAGUCCAUAACAAAAAAGAUAUAAACAUAGGCUUGAUGCAGGUAUUGAUUCAGCAUGGGUACGGAUUCCUUGUAGAUUAGAUGUUGAGGUAGAUCCAGUACAGUUAUUUGUACAAAUGUAAAUUUGACUAGAUACAGAAACAGAUACCUCUAGUUAAAUGUAGAUGUAGAUCUAAAUUAGAUAUGUUUAUAGAUAUGGAAUAGAUUAGAUAUAGAUAUAGAUAUAUGAAUAGACCACAUAUGGAAUAAAUACAGAUACAGAUAUAAUGGUUUGGAUAAAACAAAAAUUCCAAAAGACUCUUUGAGUUCAGCAAUGAAGCCUUGGGGAGGAAUUUGAUUAAAGGGGUGCUAUAUACUUUAGCAGAUUAACCCAUUGAUGAGUUUAUAGCUGAAUGAGCUGUUACAAGGUGGGGCCUGGUUGGAGGGGUACACUUUGAAGAACAUACCAUGUCCCCCGCUCUUUCCGCUCUGAUCCUGUCUCUGCUUUUUGGCUGCCAUGAGUUGAGCAACUGUCCUCUGCUUUGUCUUUCACCAUGGAUCAAAAGCCAUGGAGCCGGCCAACCAUGGACUGAAACUUCUGCAAGCAUGAACUAAAAUAAACCUUUCCUCCUCCAACUUGUUUAUCUUGGGUAUUUUGUUGCAGUGAUGGAAAUCUGGCUAACAGAUGCAGAUUAGGUGCAGACAUGGAUCGCUCAGAUGGCCGCCCACAGCAAAUGGGUUGGAAGCACAUGUCCCUUCAUGUUACUCCAGCUGGGGCUCCAGGCUGUGGCCGGGUCUGUCCUGCUCGCAGCCCACAGAACAAUGGCACCCUGGGGUAACCCUCUAGCACAAAGCGUCAUCCCCAUUCACAGCAGGCACUGAGGCAGAAGCCCAGGGAGUUGCCAGCUGAGUGACAAGGCACUGUCACUGGAUUUGCAGAGACCUACGAGUAUCAGAAGGCACCACUGAUGUUUGGCAUCAGUGUUACAUGUACCAGGAUCUUGAGGCUUAGGUUUCUUCUCCAUGGGGUUUUCAAGGCAGGGCUAUGCACACUGGGGAGUUUAAAGAGAUUUUCUAGUGCUAGAAAGUUGGGGUUGGGUUUGUGGGUUCUGGAUCCCGGGGUAAUUCACUUAAACAAAUCCCUUUCACACCAGAUCCCUUUCACAGAAGUCCAGGUGUGGGGGGGCCUAAACUUAGAUGGUGCCUAAACUGGUGCCACUGGAGAGCCACGGAGGAUUGCAGUGCUGCUUGCUCUACUGCUUUCUGUGUGCCUAACUGUUCUAAGUGCUUCAUAUGUGUGACCCUAUUAAUCACAUCAUCCCUGGGGCGAGGACUCUGUCCCUUCCUUUUAAGGUGAAGAUAUUGUGUCAUCAAAAGGGUAAGGACCUUAUUCACAACCUUCAAGAUCCUGAAUGGCAGAGGGUCCAGCCCUCUUGUGUAUCUUUGGAGUGACUCAUGCAUUAUGUAAGAAAACCAGACACAGACAGCUGAACCAGUGCUGGUCCUUCUGCACCCUGACUCAUUGUGCUGCUGAAAGGCCCUCCUCUGGAGCGGCCAGGCCCUCAGAAACAUGUGGUUCCUGCUGACUGUAGGUUGACAACUUAGGUGGAAGAUCAAUAGUUAUACCUGGCUUCUUCGUAUGUCUGUCCACUGGCUGACUCCCAUUAAAUCCCUGGCCCCAUCAGACCCCUCUCUGCCCUUUCCUUCCUUCUCUGCCCCUAGUUGGACUUCGUCAUCAUGGACACUGGAGGUGCUGGCAGGGUAUGGAAGGAGGUGCAAUUGGGAAAAAAAAAAAAAAAAAAAAAGAAUUGGAUACUUUUCAGUGGUUGACUUUGUCCUUGAGAGAACCACAAUUUUUGCCCCUCUCAUAGCGACAGCUAUUUUUUCCUCCCCUCCAGGCCCAUGAUGGUGACAGCUCUCCCCUAUUGCUGGCCUGAGCUACAACAUCUCCCUUGAUGUUCCUUAUGACACUUCUCUGUAGCAUUUUAUUGAUGAUACCUUAGUAGGACAACAAUCUCUCUUAAUCUCUCUUUCUGUCUCUGUCUUUCUCUCUCACUCAGUCUGUCUCCCUCUUUUUCUCUAGUUUGAGAUCUUCCCUUUGAUGAUGUAGUACUGCCAAUGGGACUUUUCAGGAUGAGUCACUAUCCUUCUUGCCAUGUUUUGAUAAAGCAUCAAGUCUUUCCACUGGGAGCAAGGCCCAGACGGAGUCCAGGGGAGUGUGAAGCUCUUUGGAGGGAACCUGCAGAGUUUUCUGGAGGGAAGAUCUUAGCUGUUGUUCUAUUUGUGACAAUUUCAUUCUAAAAAUGGAGCCAAGAAACCAACAUGCUGAACAGUCCUGUGCUAACAAAAGUAUCUGAGCACCAUGGAUGUGCAGAGAUGCUCCAGGCAGGGGACAGCCGCUCCAAGAGUCUUGUCACUUGGUCACAUCCCUCUGUCUGUCAUAGCCAGAGGGCUCUGAAUGGCUUCUUCCUCCAGGGAGCACAGAGAUCUAGGGCAAGGAUGAAGGGUGUGGGGGAGGAGGAAACAGGCCUUCAGCAUCUUGCUGAGGGCCUGGCAUAGACAGGCAGGCAUGCAGACAGACAGGCUACAGACAGACAGACAGAGGCAGACAGGAAAGGCAGAUCAUUGCUGCCAGCAAGCAAAUCCUUCAUAGAUUCUCUUUUUCUUGUCCUCUGUCACACUCCAGGAAAUGGUAACUGUCCUAGCACUUCAAUCUGAUUUCUCAGAAGUGCCACCACCUCCCUCUGUGGCUUUGAGAGCCAGUGGGGAGGGUCAGUGUGUCACUGUUUCUCCAGCCCAAUGCACCUUUCCCUGCAGGGUUUGUUUCCUCUUGAAAAGGAAUGUCUUGUAGGUAAAUGACACCCUUUUUCUCUUCUUCUGAGAACUGUAGCUUCUGUCUGCCCCCUGGAAAGGGGGCAUCUAGGGAGAAGCAGAGGCUAGAUUGGUGGGGCCAAGGGCAGAAACAGUAUUACUGUCUUGCUAAGGAGAAAUCCAGCUAGCUCUGUGCCGGAAGGAAGAGCCUCCAACUCCAGAAAGGGCUAAAAGAGACUUUUUGGCUAGGUUACCAGUGUCCACAUGCUCUGCCCUAAUUAUAACCAGGCACCAGUUACAGGAGAGGAUGUAAUCCUCUCAUUACAGGGCCCUAGACCCAACGGAAUGCUGCAGGACUCCACCUGGCCAGCUGUGGCCUGUACAUGGGUUCUCUUUGGCCUGAGAGUAUAGUGGUUCUUUAGAAACUAUGGAGUUCUGGAGAAGGAGUUCUGAAAUCCUGGAAUUUAAAGCCACACCGAGUCUCCUGCCCCCAGCAGUGCUGUGGUGCAUCCUAUCUGCUUUUUAGGGGUGGGGUCUUUGGGGGAGUCACCUGAUCACCACAGCCCCCACCAGGCAUCCUGCCCUCCUUCCCUUCCUAGACAGGUGCCUGGCAUCAUGUUUGUCACAGCCUUAGGACACACAGGGUCUGAAGUUCUCUGAGUCUGACAUGUGCAGUGGACAAGGCCCCCCGUCUGCUCACUAGGCUCUGCAGGUUCAUUUCCAGGACCGCACCCUGUGGGGGCUAUGCUAGUGUGCUGUAAGACCACAAGCAGUGUCCCCAACCUCUACCCAGAGGGUGCCGGUGGUUCCUCCUGUUUCCCAAGAUGUCUCCAGACUUGGCCUAAAGUCCUCUGGGGAAAAAUCCCUGCCACAGCAUGAGAACCACUGAUCUAAGCUAAUGUAGCAUCCAGGGCCUGCAAAAGCAGCAGCUGCUGACUUUAGUAAUGAAAUAGUGCUGGUGACAUCUGUUUUUAGACGAUUGCCUAAAAAUAUCACUGGGUUUUGAGUUUUUGCUCCCAAGUGACCUCAUAUGGGCUGAGGUUCUACACACAUUUGUAUAUAUGUGUCAAAAGUUUUAGUGGGGCAUGUAAGGAUGACACAGAGGAAAGUUCUAAUGUUACAUUCAUUUAUUUAGCAGCACUGGGGAUUGAACCCAGGAUCUCACUGAGCUACAUUAGUAGCCCUUUUCUUAUUUUUUAUUUUAAUACAGGGUCUCACUAAGUCUCUUAAGUUGUUUAGGCUGGGCUGGAACUUGUGAUGCUCUUGCCUUAGCCUCUUGGAGUGCUGGGAUUACAGGCAUGUUUUGCUCUUUUUGUGAGUUUCCCCGUUUACAAAGCCAGCAAGACCUGAGGCAUAAAAAGUGAAGAUCCCUCCUCUCCCGGCAUUCACACACAAAUGCAUGUGCCACUUCUGGGCAUCCAGACCCUCAGGCCCAGUCACUUUUCUGCAACAGGCACUGGUUCGAGUUCUGGGCUUUGUCAUGGGUGCCCAGUCACCUUGAAGACUGCAGGGCUGGGGUUUGGCAGGGUGUCAGAUUUGCAUGGUUGCUGUAUCUCAGGAGGGUAUGGGCCUUUGUGACACCCGGAAAUUAUUUGUGGCUUUGGGGGUUGGCCCUGUAACGUAUUCAAACCCGGCUGCCGUUUAUUCCCCAGACUCUGUCAAAGAGUCCUGUGUACAGAGCAGUUGCUUAAGACAAUGGCUGCUGUGUGCCAUGCUGGCCAUGAGUUGUUUACACGGUCCUGCUGGUGAAGUUCCUCCCAUCCUGUUUUUGGAGUGUGGCAGGAUUGGAAACAGUUUAUUUUAAAAAAAAUUGGGCAAGGGGGACUUGAAGCCCUUUUGUAAAGUAUCUGUUUUUCAUAGUUGCUAUUAUCAACUGUAUCCUGUAUUAUACAUGAUUGAUCAUUUUGUUCAAUAUACAUCUAUCGAGUGACUACCAUGUGACAGAUACUGUUUUAGUGGCUGGAAAUCUACCCUCAAGCACCAUGCUAGUCUCUGUGCUCACGAGCUCACAGUGUGAAUGGACAUCACACGAAGAAGGUGUUUCUGUGCUGUGUCAGAUUGCGACAAGAGCUUAUGAAAGGAAGGCAGGGGAGAGGUGGACCGGGCCAGGAUGGCUACUUCUCUCAUCGACCCAAGGAAAAAGUGCGUACAGACAGCAACAAUGAGAACUCAGUCCCCAAAGAUUUUGAGAAUGUUGACAACAGCAACUUUGCACCCCGGAGUCAAAAACAGAAACACCAGCCAGAAUCAGCAAAGAAGCCACCAAGUGGACAGAAGCAGCGCUUCCAGAGGAAGCUAGAGUCACAGGACAAAGGCCAGGGACAUUCGGUUCUGGGGAAGGUCCCCAAUGAGGUGCUACCACCUGGUGAAAGGGCUGCCACCAACAGCAGCCAUAAGAAGGACACACCCAGACAGCCCCACUCGAGGAGGGGUGGUGGCAGCUCUCCCGAGACCAAGUAUGAACAGCCACCCAAGUGUGACAUCUCGGGCAAGGAGGCUAUCUCUGCCCUGUCUCGCUCUAAGUCCAAGCACUGCCGCCAAGAAAUUGGGGAGACCUACUGCCGCCACAAGCUGGGGUUGCUGAUGCCAGAGAAGGUGACUCGGUUCUGCCCGCUUGAGGGAAAAGCCAACAAGAAUGUUCAGUGGGAUGAGGACUCUGUGGAGUACAUGCCAGCCAACCCGGUCCGAAUCGCCUUCGUCCUGGUGGUCCACGGCCGUGCCUCUCGGCAGCUGCAGCGCAUGUUCAAGGCCAUCUACCACAAAGACCACUUCUACUAUAUCCACGUGGACAAGCGCUCUAAUUACCUGCACCGGCAAGUGCUCCAGUUCGCCAGGCAGUACAGCAAUGUCCGCGUCACCCCCUGGAGGAUGGCCACCAUCUGGGGGGGAGCAAGCCUCCUGUCCACCUACCUACAGAGCAUGCAAGACCUCCUGGAGAUGACUGACUGGCCCUGGGACUUUUUCAUCAACCUCAGUGCUGCAGACUAUCCUAUCAGGACGAAUGACCAGCUGGUAGCCUUUCUCUCUCGAUAUCGAGAUAUGAAUUUCUUGAAGUCACAUGGCCGGGACAAUGCAAGGUUCAUCAGGAAGCAAGGCCUGGAUCGGCUCUUCUUGGAGUGUGAUGCCCACAUGUGGCGCCUGGGGGACCGGCGUAUUCCCGAGGGUAUUGCUGUAGAUGGUGGCUCUGACUGGUUCCUGCUAAACCGGAAGUUUGUGGAGUAUGUGACAUUUUCCACAGACGAUCUGGUGACCAAGAUGAAGCAGUUCUACUCUUACACUCUGCUUCCUGCUGAGUCCUUCUUCCACACAGUCCUGGAGAACAGCCCCCAUUGUGACACCAUGGUUGACAACAACUUGCGUAUCACCAACUGGAACCGCAAGCUGGGGUGCAAGUGCCAAUACAAGCACAUCGUGGACUGGUGCGGCUGUUCCCCCAAUGACUUCAAGCCCCAAGACUUCCACCGCUUCCAGCAGACAGCCCGGCCCACUUUCUUUGCCCGCAAGUUUGAAGCCGUGGUGAAUCAGGAGAUCAUUGGGCAGCUGGACUACUACCUGUAUGGGAACUACCCGACAGGCACCCCAGGCCUGCGCUCCUACUGGGAGAACCUGUACGAUGAGCCUGAUGGAGUCCACAGCCUGAGCGAUGUGGCACUCACUCUGUACCACUCCUUUGCACGCCUGGGCCUGCGAAGGGCUGAAUCCUCCUUACACACAGAGGGUGAGAACAGCUGCAGAUACUACCCAAUGGGCCACCCAGCAUCUGUCCACCUCUACUUCCUUGCUGACCGCUUCCAGGGCUUUCUGAUUAAGCAUCAUGCUACCAAUCUGGCCGUGAGCAAACUCGAGACCCUGGAGACAUGGGUGAUGCCAAAGAAAGUCUUCAAAAUUGCAAGUCCCCCCAGUGACUUUGGGAGGCUUCAGUUUUCUGAGGUCGGCACAGACUGGGAUGCCAAGGAGCGGCUCUUCAGAAACUUUGGUGGUCUCCUGGGGCCCAUGGAUGAGCCAGUAGGAAUGCAGAAAUGGGGGAAAGGGCCCAAUGUGACCGUGACUGUCAUUUGGGUGGAUCCCGUAAAUGUCAUCGCAGCCACUUACGACAUCCUGAUUGAAUCCACUGCUGAAUUCACCCACUACAAACCCCCUUUGAACUUGCCCUUGAGGCCUGGGGUCUGGACAGUGAAAAUCCUUCACCACUGGGUGCCCGUCGCAGAGACCAAAUUCCUCGUUGCACCUUUGACCUUCUCAAAUAGGCAGCCAAUCAAACCAGAGGAGGCAUUGAGGCUGCACAAUGGUCCCCUCCGCAGUGCCUACAUGGAGCAGAGUUUCCAGAGCCUGAAUCCCGUCCUCAGCCUGCCCAUAAUCCCUGCCCAGGUGGAGCAGGCUCGGAGGAACGCAGCUGCUACAGGUGCAGCGCUGGAGAACUGGCUGGACUCACUAGUGGGCAAGAUGUGGACCGCUAUGGACAUCUGUGCCACAGGCCCUACCUCCUGCCCAGUGAUGCAGACCUGCAGUCAGACAGCCUGGAGCUCCUUCAGCCCCGACCCCAAGUCAGAGCUGGGGGCAGUCAAACCCGAUGGCCGGCUCAGGUAGCACUGGCCAUAUGUGGACCACAACAUAAUCUCAACAGGAAAGCGGCCAGAAAGACCCGAAGCCUGGCCUCCCACUCUGGGUGUACCUCCUGGCCAUAAAACAAUGGGAGAGGUGAGUUCCAAGGCCAGAGUGGAUCAGUCUGCAUUUGGCAAGCUGCCUUCUGGGGUGGGGAUGGCUCCGUGCCAGCACCAUGGUGGUCUCACCCCUUCUGGUUGACCCUCAACUCCUGCAGAUUCCUGUCUUCCCUUCCAAUGAUCUGUACCUGUCUCCCCACCCCCACCUCAACACGACUGAUCCUUAAACGUUUAUUUUCAGCAGCAGAACUUUGUUUACUCAGCUCAGUGGUAGGUAGAAAUUCAAGGUACAGGUAAAAUCUAGGCUGCUGUGGUUGAAGCUGAAAAGUGCAAGGUUUCCUCUAAGGCUCAUCCCGCUGGAGGUCCUUCUGCCAAGGGCAUCUCCUCAGGUCCCUCUCCUGAACCCAAGGGCUCUGCACAACCUAGUGUGAGAAACACUGCCCAGACUGAGGAUAUGAGCUUCAGCUGCCCUUCUGCUUCUCUCUCUGCUCCUUUGGCUGGGAACCCUUGGCCUGCCCUGACACAGCAGGCCACAGAAGGUCACAGGCUUAGGUCUCUCCCAAGGAAGUGGCAGGUUUGGGAAGAGUUCCAAGCCUCCCACCAGCCUCUCUCCCAUUGAGCUAUUCUUUGGGAUAAGUAGAAGAGCAGGAAAGCUGUUUGGCAAAGAUCUACUUGAGUGUGCGACUGGCAGCUGUCCAUGGGUCUAGGCCACCUUCCAUCCAGUCUGUUACAUGUGGCAGCAGAAAUGGGGUUGUUUUCGUGAGCGUGAGCCUCAUGUCUCCAAAAGGCUCAUGAGCUGCAAAACUGAGGCCACGACCUCCUUGGUCCUUGAAAGUGGGAAUCAUGGGAAUCAUGGCCACGAAACUCAUGAGAGUGCUUGGAACAAAGCUCCUGAGCUGGAUAGCACAGUAAUAACCAUCAUCUGCCAGAGCCCUUCUGUGCUGAGGUCAGGCCCCAAAGCCUUUGUGAAUCGCACAUUUGGUGCUGUUGGCAGUGACCAAACCCAUGGACCAGACUUCUCACAUCCAUUUCAGACUUGGUUCUCAAUUACAUGCCCUUCCUUUUCCAAGACGCCAAAAGGCCCAUAUGAAUAUGCAUCAUAAGAACAAUCAAGUUUCAAAAAUGUUUCUAAAGGUUAUUUAAAUUUAAAAAAAAUAUUCAAAUUGCUGAAAUUGAAGGGUUUCCUUCCCAUGUGCAUCUGACGGGCUACCCCCUACUUGUCUGGAGCACCUUUCCCAUAGUACCCCCUCCUCCUUGACCUCCACAUCCCCUGAAUGACAAGGUUCCCUGGGAAAAGUCACUCCUGUCCAUCUGAGGUGAGCCUGUCCUUGGCAUUUCCCAGCAUGGGUGUGAAUUUACUAUGGCCCACCUCAGUGGGCUGCCUGCUGAGCUGCCCUCUCCUGCCCAGCAAGGUAAGAUGUCCCACUGGCAAUAGAGGACGUAGAGAAGGGACACUAGAUAUUUAUUAUUUAAUAUGUUUUAGUCAAUGACUAAUUAGUAGGUGCUGUUUUUGCAGCUUGUCAUUUAUGUUAUCUUACUAACUAAAACUGCCUUUAUUCACGAAAGGCUCCCCUCCUCCUGUUUGUCUCCCUCUGUCUCUAUCUCUAAUUCUGUCUCUGUCUCUGUACGUCAGCCCUACAUUCUCCUUGUUUCCAGAGUAAAGCAGGGGUUUGGGACACCAUGAGAAAGCUUCAGCUGGCCUCAUCUAUCAGCAUGAAGUAGGUGCCUUUGGGACCUCUGGAGCCUCAUUUUUCCUUAUACAGAGCGUUAGCCUCAUCCGUCCACUCAAAUGUAAGAGUAUUGGAAUUCCUGAAGGCCCUUGUCCUGCCCAAGCAUAGAAAACUUGGGGAGAAGGCAGUGUGCUGACUGCAGAGAGCUGCAUGGAACUGUUUGCCUUUGGGGACUCCCCAUAGUCAACCUAACCAUGAGUCUUGAUAUGACACUGACAGACGGGAACAGGCUUCUUCCAAGUAGGUCAUGGGUCAUGGGACCCAGCUAGGAGAGACUAGGAGAUGGUAGUUAUCCACAGUGAAUUUAGGCCCUGAGUGACUUUCUCACAGGAUCUUUAAGUGGUUUUACAAACUACAAGAACCAUUAGUCCAGUACCACAUCUUCUUUCUGCCCCAGCCUCUGCUUCUGGCCAGGGCUUCUCUGAGGCUGCUGAGAUCUGGGCCCCGUGUGGAGAUGGGGUUUCCUCUUUACCCUCUUUGCUCAGAUUUUAGGGCUCUCUACUUUCUACAGUGUUAUUUUCAGUGGCUGCAGGAGCUCAGCCUUGGCAGGUCCCUGAAUACAAUGGGCAUUUCAGGCUCCAAGGCAAGGCCCCUCCUUUCUGACUUAUUUUUUCCAUUUUAGAACAAGUGAAGAAAUGGAAGAGGUGUCUUACUGUAGGCACAACCCUCCUCCCCCAGGCUGCCCUCCUCACUUGUCUACCAAUUCUGGGAGCUGGAAAGUCACAUCAGUAUUUCUUUGUCUCCUCUGUUUUUGGACCAGAGAAUAAUUUUGCAGAUGUUGCAUUUGAUAAGAAAAGAGAAUUCCAAACAACACCCAGCAUGAUUUGAGAAAAAUAGAUGCUUCUCAGGAAAACCAUUGUUAGCAAUUUUAUUUUUAAUACCUGCCUGAAAUAAUGUAUUUGUUGUAGGCAAUUGGUCAGGCAUCCUUGAGCUCUGGCUCAAGGAGAUCCCUCUCCCCAGAGCAACACUCUUUGGGAACCCUAGUCUUGUCUGUAGAGGCUGGAUGGGGUGGACAUUAACCAAAUCCCUAGAGUCUCUGGAAAGCUCAGAGGGGACACUUGAGUGUCAGCUUAUGGGGAGAAAGAAAUGUCCCUAGAUGUUGUUUGCCUCUGUUUCCCACUGAUUCAAUAACAUUUAGGAAGAAAAGAAUCUCAGAAAUUAGCCAGAGUUUCCAAAUCCCACUUCCCAAGUCGUGUGCAAAGCAGUAUGUCUCAAAGAGAAAGAGUGAUUUCUCAAGGUCCUCUGCUUUAAGAAGUGAGCUCCUUCCUUGCACUGGCAAAAGCCUUUCUGGUGGGAUUGAGAGUUCUCCUGGUUUUAUUUCUCAUUGUUGGUUUAACCUUUAAACUUCAUGUAGAGUUUGAAGAGAAUAAGGCAAAACAACCCCUAGCCUAGAGGGCUGGUUUAUCACUACUCUAGAUAUACAAAGACCCUUCUCCUGAUUCUUAGUUUGCAGAUACAUAAGGAGGACAUUGGCUGGAACUUAUCUCUGCCAAGAAGGUACAGAAUAGACAAGAGCAGUAACUUUCAGGUGGGAGAUAUGAGGAAGAAUGCCUUUUACAACCAAGUUCAUUGAAGAUUUGGGACACUAACUCCCCAGCAGCAUUUCAAGGCUGGGAAGUACACUGGGAACUGCUAUCGGCAUGCUCAGCUUUGAGCAUGCCAAGAAGGCUUGCCAGAUCACAGGGCCACUCAGUGCAGGAGUCAUGAGUGCUUACUAAGGACCAGGACACAAAUGACUGAAGAAGCCAUUGGUGCAAGACAAAGGGAGUGGUGGGGACUGGUCUUACUGGCACAUGUGGGGCCCACCAAGAAAGAACAGCUGCUACUCAGCUCCAGCCUGUCAUUGCAUUCGAGGAUACAAGCCUAUUGCAAUGGCAUCUUUCAAUUUGAUAUGAAAAGCCAGAAAAACAUAUGUUUACAGAAAAUAUGACCUUCCAAUGUUAGCUAUUUAACAGGGUGAGGAAAAAAAUCCCAUAGUUCCACUUAUACAUGCCCAGCAAACUCUGCUCUCUAGAGAGAUGGCUGCAAAUGAGGUGAGGUCUUGCCCAGUGGAAGGGAGGAAAAGAUCCAACACAAGGAUUAGCAAAAGAAUAAUUCUUGUUGGAUUUUUAAAAGAGGAAUUUCUAACUAGUCGUCCUAUACCCAAGAGCUAUUCCACACAGGAGGCUGUCCUGUUAGCUCUCUUAGCCCCAAGACAGUGUGUGCUAAAGGGAAACAGGAGGCCUUUGAUAUCCAGAGGGCCUUAUCUGCCUGGACCCUCAUCAUCCAGGACUCCAGCAUGCCAGGCAGAAGUGGCAAGGACAGGGUGCAGGACAAGGGAGUGCUGAGUGAAACAGCUGGACUCUCCUAAUCUUGAGUCUUGGUGAUCAAUCUGCCACCUCUGAAAACCUCUCCCAAAACCAAGUAGAACUGUACUUGUUCACAGGUUGUUCUCUUUGCUUCUGCCUCAGUUACCUGACUUUGCCCAUGGGUCAACCUCAGGCGCUACCUCACUGUGUCUGCUGAGAAAUUUACCGGAGGGGAGUGAAGGUGUCCAUGUCUGCUGGAGCUAAAUGUACAAUCUAUGCAAUCUCUCCCUCUCCCUCCUCCCUCUUCUCCUUCCUCUCUCUGUCUCUUUCUCUCCUUUCUUCCCUUCCUCCUUUCCUUCCUCUCAUUCUCUCUCUCUCUCUUUCUCUCUCUCUCUGUCUCUCCUCUCUCUCUCUUCUCUAUUCCUCCAUCUCUUUCUCUAACUUCGAAGUAUUAUCUUUAUACCCUGCAAACAAGAUACUGUAUAGGACCCUCUGGAGACAGAGGAGGGCUUUGAUGCACCACCCAUGUCUACCCCUCUCGUUGUCUUUGGUUCAGCUCUUGCCAAGCCCUGUGCAGGGAGACAAUGGCCUCUCUUCUCUCCCUGCUUGGCUGAAAAUUCUCCAACUGCCUCUGCCUGCAGGCACUGGGAAGCAGGCACCACACCUUGUUAUACUGUCCUGAUACUGUCUUCUUUCUGCAUUUUCCUCCAACUUGCUUCUCCUACCCAUACUUUCCAAAAAAGCCUUAGGUUUCUCCUUUUUGACAUGUGGCCUUAAAAUUAUUUGGGAAAGCUGAUGUCCUCUCCCUCUGAUCUUCACCACCGUUCAGAAGAAAAAGAGCAUCUUGAAGCCUUUUGCGGCAGACUCCUGAGUCAGGGGCUGCUGAUUUGUAGUUCACAGAUACAAUAGAAAUUGCUCACAAAUGUCAUCUUUAAGAAAAAUGCUCUUCUGUUUUUCCUAUGGGCAAAAUGGAGGCGCGAGAGCUCACAUGAACCUUAGCAGACUCCUGAAGCACUCUCUUAAAGAGCAUUGCUGUGAGGGGCUGGCUUCAUUACCAGCAGGGUGCUCACCAUCUUGGCUUUCCAAACCCCCCUUCCCCCCAAGACUGGGUGAUUUCAUGUACUUCAUCAAGGGUAAGUCAGGAGAGUUUCUCAAUUUAUCUCUUCGUCCUUCCUGGCUGAAAAGUAAUAGCAUUAAAUAUUCCCAGCGGAUGGGUCGAAUUCUCAAAGGGAUCAUCCCCUCCCUGCCUUCAGACUCCAUCCUUGAUCUUCCAUCAUUCUAGCACUGAUGGAGGCCAAAGACAACCCCAGGGUUUUCAUAGGAAAUUCACUGGAAUGGAGCGCAAUCAUCUUUGUAGUCUUUCUGUCUUCUUUUUAAAAUAUUAUUAUGUUGUCAAUAGCAUUUGUUUUAGAGGCCUCAUGAUAAAUUAUUACUGUCUCCCUCAUUGUUUUCAAAGACAUGCGGUGAUAUAGUUUUUAAAAAUAACUAUUUUGUUAUAGAUCAUAAUAUGCAUAAAACUGUACAGAAAUAUUUUGUAAUGUAUUGAUUUUAAAAAAAGAGAAUCUGUAAAUAAAGUUUUAAAAAAAAGAGAAAGUUCACAUGGCACACACUGAAAGAUGUAGAUAUUUUGCUAUUUAUUUAAAGGAGUACUUUAAGAGAGAUUGAACUAUCUGAAGUUGACCAAUAAUCAAAGUUCUAAUCACCUGAGCGCUUUUCCUCGAGGUAGAAUGUGAUUCUCAGAAACGACUGCAUUACCUGCCCAUUUUUGCACCCUUUCUGUCUUCAUUUAGCAGAAAAACAACAACUACAACAACAACAACAACAAAAUUGUGCCUUAGCUGUAUUUUUUGUCUAGGGGAGUUUGUUUCUGUCUGACAAAGCAAAAUUUUUUGCAGAAAAGUGGAUGUAUUAAAACUGUAUCAUACCAAAAACACUGCAGGUGUAUAUAGAUGCUUUCUGUCAUACUGUGUUUUCAGAUGCAGAAUUUUAAAAUAAAAAUUGUCUUUAUGGAA